CGUAAUGCGCAUGCGUGCAAGUGUUUUUGAAGGCCGCGGCUAGCUACAGUGCUAAUCUAACGUUCUAAAGGUUAGCGACAAUUUCAGUAUACAUAAACUCUGUGUAGUGGAUUUUAUCUAGCUGCGUCUCACUUGGCAUUGUGGUUACAUCCACAUUCAGAAUGUCCUUCCCCCCUCAUUUAAACCGGCCGCUGUUGCCCCCUCCUGGGAUACCUCAUCAAUAUGCUGGCUUCCCCUCAGGAGCUCCAAUGAUCCCAGUUCACAUGGGUAUCAUGGCCCCGGCCCCUGCAGUUAUGGUUCCUUCUGUUCCAGUUGUCAGUAAGCCUCCUGUUCCAAAGAAAGACUUUUCUGUUUAUCGAGCCAAGGAUGAUGAGAGCAGCGGGCCCACCACCACCGUGUUUGUGGGGAACAUAUCGGAGAAAGCUUCAGACAUGCUGAUCAGACAGUUGCUGGCGAAAUGUGGUAUUGUUUUGAGCUGGAAAAGAGUUCAAGGAGCUUCUGGGAAGCUUCAAGCAUUUGGUUUCUGUGAAUACAAGGAGCCAGAGUCCACCUUGCGAGCUCUGCGGUUGCUUCAUGACCUGCAGAUUGGAGACAAAAACCUCCUGGUGAAGGUGGAUGCAAAGACUAAAGCUCAGCUGGAUGAGUGGAAGGCCAAGAAGAAGACAGCAAAUGGGCAAAAUAAGAAGGCAGAAGAUGACGGAGCUGAUGAGGAGGAGGUUCUUGAUGAGGAGACAAAGAAGAGAGAUCAGGUAGUUAAAGAUGCCAUCGAUGGAUUGAUGCGGGAAUAUGCAGCAGAACUCAAUGCGCCUUCCACGGAUGACGAUGCCCAAAGACGAAAGAGAAAAAAGGAAAAGAAAGAAGAGGAUGACAUCAACACUAUUGACAUUGAGGAGGACAAGCGGGACCUGAUUUCCAGAGAGAUUAGUAAAUUUCGUGACACUCACAAGAAACUAGAAGAGGAGAAAGACAAGCGGGAGAAGGAGCGGCUGGAGUUUGAGCGUGAUAGGAGGGAGCGGGAAAAAGAACGAGAGCGGGAAAGAGAACGGCGGGACCGCGAAAGGGAGAAGGAACGCGAGAGAGAAAGGAAGAGGGAACGGGAACAAGAACGGGAGAGAGACCGAGACAAAGAACGUGACCGCAGGAACAGGGAGAGUGAGCGAGAGCGAGACUGGGAUAGAGACCGGAGCCGUGACAGGAGCCCCGAACGCAGCCGAUCAAGGGAAGUGAGCAGAGACAGAGAAAGAGAGAGGGACAAGAAGCGGGACCAGGAAGAUGAGGAGGAUGCUUAUGAACGCAGGAAGCUGGAACGAAAACUCCGGGAUAAAGAGGCGGCAUAUCAGGAGCGUCUAAAAAACUGGGAGCUGAGGGAGCGGAAAAGGGCUCGGGAUUAUGCGAAGGAGGCGGAAAGGGAGGAUGAUCGUAGACGAGAAAUGGUAAAAGAAGGAAAACGACUAAAGGAGUUUCUGGAAGACUACGAUGAUGACAGGGAUGAUCCCAAGUAUUACAGGGGCAGUGCGCUGCAGAAGCGUCUCAGAGACCGAGAGAAGGAGAUGGAGGCGGAUGAGCGUGACAGGAAGAGAGAGAAGGAGGAGCUGGAGGAGAUCAGACAGAGGCUGUUAGACGAGGGACAUCCAGACCCAGACGCAGAGCUACGCAGGAUGGAAGAAGAGGAGGAGGAGCGCCUGAGACAGCCGCCCAUCAUCCCAGAGCCUGAACCUGAGGAGCAACGCGAACGCCGCAGAGGUUCCAGAGAACAUAGAGAACGGAGACAGGAGCCGGAAAAGGCAAAACCCAGCUCACGGCCUAAUCACUCUGAUGAGGAGGUGGAGGAGGGUGAGGAGGAGGAUUACGAUAAUGAUGAAGACAACCUUGAAGGAAAACCACAAUUGAAGCCCAUGAUGCGGCCCAUUACAGCCGCUCCUUCGGUAUCGUCAGCAAGUGGCAAUGUGUCUCCGAACACCCCUGGAGAGGAGUCGCCCUGCGGCAUCAUCAUCCCUCAUGAAAACUCCCCACCUGACGCUCUGCCACAGGAGGAAAACCGUCCGAAGAUCGGCCUCAGCCUGAAACUAGGUGCUACUGGGAGCCCCAGCCAGCCUAAUGCAGGCAAGAGGAAGAAGCUUCCAGUGGACAGCGUUUUCAACAAAUUUGAUGAUGAGGAGGCAGACGAACAGCCACGCAAGCGGAAGCUGGUGCCCUUGGAUUACGACGACGACAAGAGCCUCGGCGUUGAUGGUGCAGGACUCUCCAGCAUAAAAGGAGCCAACACCGAGGAGAAACGCAAACACAUCAAGAGCCUGAUAGAGAAGAUUCCAACAGCAAAACCAGAACUGUUCUCCUACCCUUUGGACUGGUCUAUGGUCGACACAACUUUAAUGGAACGACGUGUUCGACCCUGGAUCAAUAAAAAAAUCAUUGAGUACAUCGGUGAGGAAGAGCCGACAUUAGUGGACUUUGUGUGUUCAAAGGUGAUGGCUCACAGUAUGCCACAAAGUAUCUUGGAUGAUGUUGCCAUGGUACUUGAUGAAGAAGCUGAGGUCUUCAUUGUGAAGAUGUGGCGUUUGCUUAUUUACGAAACUGAGGCAAAGAAAAUUGGACUGGUGAAAUAAGCAAAACCACUGAAUGAAGAUAAACCCCCCCAAUUGUUUAUACAAGUGUCGUAAAAUUGUCAUCCAGCACAAACUAACAUUGACACCAAAUGUAUAUUUUUUUUCCUGUAAAACAUAACUCAGGCUCCAUGCACCUCCAUUCUGUUUGAAGGUGCUAACCACGCUUCUGUGUAUAUAGCAUCAUCUGGCUGUAACUAAAUGAUGCUCCGGUUUAUCUAUGACCAUAGAGCCGAAACAUACACGGUUUCAUUGAUCCUAAACGUUUACACAUGCCACUGCAGUUAGUCUACAAUUAUCCAAACAGUUUUAAGUUGCGGUUUAAAGGGGGUUAUAUCAGUCAACCUGGACUUUGACAUAUGAGUUACUCGGAGUGUUUCCUUUUUUUUUUUUUUUUUUUAACAGGGGUAUUUAUUAGGGGGUUUGACACAACGUGUUUUAUCACAUUCCUGAUAUUUAGACAUGUCUUUGUCAACAAACCACCUCAGCAGAACAGAACUGUGGGUGGGAACAUCCUGGAGGAAAAAGCACACAUCCUUACCACUAUGAGAAAUGGAGCUAAGAACAGGAAAAAUGUUUUUUUUCUGAGUUGUGAAAAUUUAUUUUGUUUUGUAAUGGUGAACAUUUGAUUAAAACCAUUUUUUUAAA